AGAGAGAGAGAGACAGAGAGACAGAGAGAAGAUGAGAGGGUGUUUUCCGGCGCCGGCGGUUAUCUCCGGUGCAGCGAGCUCGACAAUGACUCAAAUUGUUUUAGGGAGCAGAAGAAAGAAAGAUCCUUUUGAAUUCUCAGUCUGCUCCUCAACCUCAACUUGCUUUGCCUUGUUAAUCCAUAAGGAACAUAACCAGCAAAGCCAAAUUCAAAGACAAAGACAAAGACGAAGAGAAUGCGUUUGGUUUUCAGAAAGAAGCAAAUGGAAAGGUGGACGUAGUGUGGGAGUUGCUUUACAAGUACAACAGCAACAAUGCACGUACGAAAGCAGAGAGGACAAGGAGUGGGUGGUCGUCAAUUUUUACCAUUUUGUGUUCAUCAAAGACGCAGAGGCAGAGGUGGCCAAGCAUCUUUCUUUCUUAGAGGGUCGUGACAUACGUGGGCGGAUUUAUGUGAAUCAACAAGGGAUAAAUGCACAGUACAGUGGACCGUCAAGAGAUGCGCUUGCAUAUGUUGAAUGGUUGAGAGGGGAUGAGAGAUUUUCCGACAUUCUUGUGCAGAUUUCUGCAGCACUGAAUGGGCAUGCCUUUCCAAAACUCAAGUUACGCUAUAAGCCUUCACUGGUUCAGUUAGAAGGAGGUAUUUCGCAUCUUCCUUUGCUGGACUCUUCAAUGCGAGCAACACCUCUUACGCCAUCCGAAUGGCGGAAAAGAUUGGAAGCAGCCAAUACAACUAGUGAAGCAUCAAAUAAGGAUCUUAAAACGAACCAAAUUUUAUUGGAUGUGAGAAACGGUUAUGAGUGGGAUAUUGGUCAUUUUAAUGGGGCUCGACGACCCGAUGUGGACUGCUUUAGGAGCACUUCUUUUGGGUUAUCCCAACCAGAGGUCAUUGCUGCAGAUCCGUUAGAAAAUGUUGAUAAAGAAAAAACAGAUAUAUUGAUGUAUUGCACUGGAGGUAUCCGUUGUGAUGUAUAUUCUACAAUUUUAAGACAACAGGGCUUUCAAAACUUAUACACCUUAAAGGGUGGUGUUUCUCAUUAUCUGGAGAAUCAAGGUCCUGCCCAAUGGGUUGGGAAUUUGUUUGUAUUUGACUCUCGUCUCUCUCUCCCACCGCCUGCCUACAAGCCUGAAGCCAUAGCUAAACCAAACAGGCAUGAAGUUUCCGAGAACAAUACAUUUGCUCAAUGCUAUAUAUGCGGUUUACAAGUCUCUGAGUUAAGACAUAGAAACUGUGCAAAUCUUGACUGCAACCUGCUCUAUCUAUGCUGUAUGAACUGUGUGAAGGAUUUAAGUGGAUGCUGCUGUUUGGAGUGCACAGGUGCUCCUCGACUUAGACCUGUUCUUCCUGGGUUCCAGAGAUAUAAAAAGUGGCACAUAUAUCGAGAUACAAUCUCACAAAGCAAGUUGAUAGCUUGAUCAGACUCUCAAAUCCCUUGAGGCGGAAACUACAUAUUCAUCAUCAUCACUUAUCCAAACCAGUGCAUCUUGUUUGUGCUUCCCUUUGACUUGUUGCAAAUUGCAAUGCAAGGUGGAGAUGUUCCUUGAAUUUCCCUUCUAUUUUCUUUUCUAGGCUAGCAAAUUGCAAUAUUCAGCUUGCAGCCUUCUCUCUCAAUCUCUGCAAUCUACAUCCGCCAAUUAUAGGAAAAGACAGAUGCCAAACGAAACGAGACCAGGACCUGAAUUAUCUAGGCAGAAGAAUAAUUCAAAGCUUCUGGUGCUUGCUUGUAUUGUAUACCAUUUUUGUUCUUUUUUAUGGAAUUAUGUUCCCUAAAUCUUGAAGGGAACUGGCAUAUUCAAAUACUGUAAUGUCAACAGUAAAGUGUGACAUUAUCUCAUAACUGAGACAAAAAAAUUCUGUCCAGGUACCAACGAUGCGCAGGCUCUGUGUUAAUGUCCAACUGUUUUCAUGCCAGGACUUGCAUACAUUCUGAGAUAUUUUUCUUUGGCUCCUUUGUCAAUUGUAUUUUUAAAAGUUGAAUAUAGUAAUAUUAAGAGUAGGUACAUACAAUGCCUACUCUCUUGUCUCCACAGCGAUUUUCAUUUUAUAAACAAUGAGAAAAAACUAAAACAAAUCUCCAUGGAGAACGAUCGAU